UCGAGAUGCUGGAGUGAAAAGUUUGAGCUGGACAAACGCUUGAUUUUAUAUCAUAAUUAGGUCAUUAGGGCAAUAACGAACUGGACAACGCGGAAUAUUAUUAUGGUGUGAAACCAGUGACAUCUGCCUUAUUAUAACAUUCAUUGUCAACAGGGCCUGAGGGUUGGAAUUAUGGCGGAGGGCGAUGAAUGCACUGGUGGGGAGUGGAAAGAGAAGUACAUGGCCCUGGAGACCCUGCUCUUUAAGUUUCGUGGACAGAUGAGCGUGAUUCGAGAGCUCACUGCAGAGAAGUUGCAGCAGUUGGAGACGCAGGUUUUGGAGGCAGAAUGUCGUGCAUAUGAGGCCAACCAGCAGGUUCAGUGGAUGGAGGAACGUCUGAAAGCGUCAAAUGUCCAGUCAGGUGAUUCAGACCUGCAGCUUUUCAAGCGUUGUCAAAGCCUUCAAGCAUCACUACAGGAGAAAGAUGAGCUCAUCUCCAGCCUAGAGCAACAGCUAGAGGAACAGAAACAGAGCCGAAUCCAAGAUGCCAAGACAGUGGAGGAAAAAGCAGCCAAGAUCAAAGAAUGGGUGAUGAAGAAGCUGAAUGAGUUUGAUGUGGAGAAUGCCUCUUUGAGAGAGACGAACCAACAACACGAAUCUGAGAUACAAGACCUGAAAAAACAACUGCAAGCCAUGAAUCCUUCUGCUUCUAUUGGCCCAGUCCAGGCCAAUGUAGGUGAAGCCCAGCGACUCAGCAGCCUUACGUUUGGCUGUUUCCAGAUCAGAGGAAAGAACCCUCAGGUACUAACGGGCCCAGAACCAUCCCAGAAAAGCAUCAGCACCCUGCCGGAUCAGGACCACACACACAUGGAGGGCAGGAGACCCUCUACAGAUUGUGGAAUGAAAGGUCCAGAAACCGAGCAUUGUGGCACUGGCUCUAAAAUGGAAUCUGAAGAAGUGGGUGACAACAUCGGCGAACCAUCAUCUUGCAGCCUGUCCUCUGUCUUAUCCAUCUCCAAAGGAGACAGAUGUCUGUUUGAAGGUUUGCGUUUAAACCGGCCCGCCAGCGAGGCUAACCUCACCUCUGAUGACAGCAGCUCGCUGUUCGACGACGACAUGCAGCACGCCGAAUUCUCCAAACUCUGCCUUCCUGGUACCAAGAGCACUACGAAGAAAGGCGGCAAGAAAGCGUAUAUUGAAGACGGAUGCUCGGACGACCUAAAUAAACGCUUCCAGUCACAAUGUCUGGAUUCCUCUUCUUCCUCCAGUGACACAAACACCCCCAGUCCCGUCCUAACUCCAGCUCUCACGCCGAAGCGUCCCACCCCUUCCCGGGAUUCCCAAGACACCCCAGCCUCUCCCAAACAGCCCCGUCUACGCACCCCCAAUACGUUUAACGUGAGUUUGGCGCUAGCCAAGAAGCACCUGAGCCAGCCUCCACUGUACAGCGAAGCCACUCACGGGCGAACACGUAAUGCAAUUAGCAUGCUACGUCCUCUCCGGCCCCACGAAACAGAUCUGGACCAAGAGCAAAGAAUGGAGACUUGUGAUCGAGAGCAUCCCGAUCUACCUUCAGAACAGCCAGCUGAAGUGCCGCCAGAAGAACCAGAAACACCCGAAGCCUGCGCAGCCGUUCCAGGGAGUAAACCACCGACUCCUCCCCUGCACAGGUUGCCAUCCUGGGAGAGCAGAAUAUAUGCUGUGGCGAAAUCUGGAAUUCGUCUUUCAGAGAUGUCAUGCAAAGAUGUUUCUAAUAAAGACUCCCCCAACCCAUCCUCGUGCCCCGCCUACAUGCUCUACACUUCCCUCGUCUACAAGAACACGAGCACACCUGUGUUCACCACACUUAAAGGGAGGGCGACAUUGUUGAGCACUAAUGAGUUUCCAGAGGAGUGGUCCAGUUCAGAAGAGGAGGAGAGUUCAGAGGAGUGUCAGUGCUACUCUGGAGAGGAGAUGUCUCUGUGCGGCUCUCACACCUCUGGAUCAGAAUCACAUAAGAACAGCAGCCACGAAAGCCCUCGAUCCCUGAAGAGAGCUGUAUCAUUGUCUUCUAUGACAUCUGAAUGCGACUACGCCAUCCCUCCUGAUGCUUACUCCACUGACACUGAGUGUUCUGAACCAGAGAACAAACUGCCCAAGACCUGCUCCACCAGCAGUGACAAUGACAAGAGUGACUUUAUGGAGAAGUCUGGUUACCUGUUGAAAAUGGUAAAGACAUGGAAGAAAACAUGGAAGAGGCGCUGGUUUAUUUUGAAAGUCGGGGAGCUGCUGUACUACAAGUCACCGAGUAAUGUCAUCCGUAAGCCUCAAGGCCAGAUUGAGCUCAACGCUUCAAGCACCAUAGCACGCGGUGAUGGAAAACAGAUUCUUCAGGUGGUGACAGGUAAGAGUGUGCAUUAUCUGAAGGCGGAUUCUCCAAACCUCCUGGAGGAGUGGCUGAGGGUUCUGCAGAGCGUUGUGAGAAUCAAAGCUUCUAGUCCUCUAUUCACACAACCUGAUGUACGGCCCAUCACGAAAGGACACCUGACGAAGGUGAAGUAUGGAUACUCGAAGCAUGUGUGGUGUGCGCUUUUUGGGAAGGCGCUGUACUACUUCAGAAGUCAAGAGGAUAAGUUUCCUCUGGGUCAGAUCAAACUGUGUGACGCUCGGGUGGAGGAAGUGGAUAAGUCAUGUGACUCUGAUAAAGUGUCUGCGCAAUACACUCUUUCCAUUCAGCCAGUGAGUCAGAGCCCGACAUACCUGCUCAUUGACUCACCUCAUGAGAAGACGGCCUGGCUGUACCAUCUGUCUGUGGCAGCGGGCACUGCAGUGGGGCAGGUGGGCACUGAGUUUGAGCAGCUGGUUGCUAAACUCCUCAACGUGGAUGGAGAUCCAGGGUCUCAUCUCUGGAGACAUCCAACGCUGUGUUUCACUAAGGAAGGACUGUCUUCUCCACUCACCACCCUGCCCUCCCAGGCCCUUCAAACUGAAGCAAUAAAGCUCUUUAAGACGUGUCAACUGUUUAUAAAUGUCGCCAUUGACACUCCAGCCAUAGAUUAUCAUGUGACUUUAGCCCAGUGUGCUCUGCAAGUGUGUCUCACCCACCCAGAGCUCCAAACUGAAAUCUACUGCCAGCUUAUUAAACAGACCCGCAGGAGACAACCGAACGGUCAGCCUGGACCCCUGCAGGGUUGGCAGUUUUUGGCUCUGUGUGUCGGCCUCUUCCUGCCCACACACCCCAUUCGUUGGCUUUUGCAAAUGCACCUUAAAAGGCAUGGAGAUUUAAGGACGGAAGUGGGAAAGUAUGCCAUCUACUGCCAGCGUUCACUGGAGCGGACGCAGCAGAAAGGUGAACGGCAAGCACGAUCGUCACGUAUGGAGAUCCUGUCUAUCCUUCUGAGGAAUCCUUAUCACCACUCUCUGCCCUUCAGCGUGCCUGUGCACUUCCUUAACAACACAUACCAGGUUGUUGGUUUUGAUGCUUCGACGACAGUGGAGGAAUUCCAGAGCCGACUGAAUCAGGACACAGGCGUGAGGAAGACUGGUCAGUCUGGUUUCAGCCUUUAUUCCGACGACCCCACCGGCAGAGACUUUGAACACUGUCUUCAGGGAAACCUGAAGAUUUGUGAUAUUAUUGCGAAAUGGGAGCAGGCCGCAAAGGAGCAUCACACGGGCAAAUCUGAGAAUGCCAGGACCAUCAAACUCACUUAUAAGAACAGGUUAUAUUUCGCACAGCAGAUGAGAGGAGAGAUGGAGAGAGAGCGUUUCCUGUUGGCUUACCAAACAAAUGAGGAAAUAACAGCAGGUCGCUUCCCUGUAAACAAAGAGCUGGCUUUAGAGAUGGCCGCUCUGCUUGCUCAGGUGGAAUUUGGUGACUAUGAACGUCCAUUUUGUAGUCCGGGUGGAUCAGGAGCUUCACAGACUAAAUCUAAGCAGACCCUGAAACAGGUUCUGGAGCGUUUCUACCCGAAGCAUUACAGACACACCUGUACCGAGGAGCACAUGGGGCAGUUACUACAGAGGCUGUCCACCCGCUGGGCAUCUCUGAGGGGUCGGACUUCCUCUGAAUGCAUACGAAUCUACAUGACCGUAGCUCGGAAGUGGACGCUUUUUGGAGCCAAACUAUUUGAGGCGGAGCCUUUAUCUCCAUCUCUGCAGAACAACAUGCGCGUUUGGCUGGCAGUACAUGAAAAUGGAGUCAUCGUACUGGAGUUCAACUCAAUAAAAGUUCUGGAGUCUCACCCUCAUAAAAACAUUGUGACAUUCGGAGCGUCCGGUCAGGACUUUAUGCUGGUGGUAGCUUCGGGUUCUGGCAUCAGCACGUCCAAAGAAAAGCCCACAGAGAAGCAUCUGUUUGCUAUGGCCUCCUCUAAAGUUCGAGACGUGACGUUGCUCGUAGCCAGCUACAUAAACAGCGCACAACAGCAAAAAUCGGCGGCCCACCACCUUUCUGCUCCGGCCCUGAUGCUGGCUCAGUCUGGAGAACUGAAGAGCAAGGAAUCAAGAAGCAAAUCUCCACCGGCGACCUGCAGACCCAGCAAAGCCCCCACCUUACUUUGAUUCAUUUACUGGUGGAAUCUGUGUUUUUGUUCUUUCAGGCUUUGCCUCAGUCUUCUUCCUAGUGCAGUAAGAAGUACACUACCUAGGGAGUCAGUCAUUUAGUCUUCUCUUGGGCUUUUUUAGUGUUUUGAUGGUUGGCUGCCUAGAUAUUCCCAGAAAAAAUGAUGUUCUUACUAAGCAUUUUUGUCUAAAACUUCUUAAAUCAAUGUACAAUUACUUGACAAGAAGAGUGACUUAAGAUAUGUAGUCUUGUUUUAUGAAAAAUAAUGUAAGAAUUAAGUAAGUUUAUUGUAAAAACAAGCAAAAAAAUCUGUCCAUGGGGUGAGAAAAAUCAUCUUUUUUAAUUUAGUUUGACCUUUUUCUCAAGUACCUAAUUCAAGUUUAUUUUUUCUCACCCCAUGGACAGAUUUUUUUUGCUUGUUUUUUACCAUAAACAUACUUCAUUCUUAUAUUAUUUUUCAUAAUACAAGACCAAAUAUCUAAGGUCACUUUUCUUUUUUUUCUUUAAGAAUGUUUAGAUAUUUGUACUACAAAACAAGACAAAGACACUUAGUAAGAAUGUCAUUUUUUGCAGUGCACUUUGGUUGCUCGAUAUUCACCUAUCGUAAAAAUGUCACCAUUGGUUCUUCAGUCUUUCAAUUGAGCAGAAUUUGAGUCUUAUAAUGAUGCUGUACACUAGUGCGUGACAACAACAAUGAUGGCAUUUUGUGUUAUAUAAGAGUCUCAUGUGUCUGGACGUUGUAAAUUUAAAGGGAAUGUUCUCAAUGGUGAUUAUUAUUGGAUGUUGAUGAUUAUUUCAAUCAUCUGAAACUACCUUCAUGUAUUAAUAUUGUUUAUUAUUUGAGUGUCUUUUUAUAACUUCACAAUAAUGCACAUUUGAUUUUGAAUUAAGGUUAUGUGAAUUUGAAAGAAAUUGUUUUUUCAUGUUUGUCAAUUUCUUUAUUUUGGCUUGGGGAUGAAAUAUGACUCAGGACAUGCACCUGACAGGCUUGAUGAGAUUUACCCAAAUACACAACAUGGUAUGUUGGUACCUCUGUGUGAAAUUCAAAAAGAUGUAUUUAUUAUGUCCAUGUUCUACUGUAUAACGACCGAUGUAAGCUUGUUAUAAAAACAAUACAUUCCUAUAAAUACUAACCAAACACAUUUCUUUUAUAUUUGUGCUUAGUAUGAAUAAGUAAUUUAAUAUGAAACUAUUACUAUAUACAUUUUUCAGAGAUGUUUACUCACCUCAUCAUUUACAGGAAACUGUUAAUCGUGAUGAAAGACUGAGCAAUACCAUAGUUAUUUAUCCUCCUACGAUAUCACGUUCAUGUUUAAGCAUGUAGAGUAAGAACAUGAUGGGAAUAUACUUAAAAACAGGAAGUGCAUUGUGAUCUGUAGUAACAGUUGCAAUCUGUGAUGGUUGGGGUGUUGGUUUAGUUAUUACAAAAUGAAAUGGAAAGUGAAGUGAUUUUAAACUGCUAUUGUUUCAUGAUUGUGAUGUUGUUGAAUGAUGAUGAUGUCAUCAGAAAACUGUAUUUAUUCUGAAAUGUAUUAUCUAUAAAUAUUUUCUAUAUGAAACUAAAUAAAUAUUAUUAC